AUGGCAGAAGCAGAGAGUGAUAGCCUGGCUGUCACCAGAGUGUACGUGUCGGGUCUACCCCCAUCAAUGACCAAAGAUCAACUGCGAUCUCAUUUUUCAGAGAAGUACCCGGUCACAGAUACGCAUGUUAUACCUGAUCGUCGCAUUGGUUUUGUCGGUUUUGCUACUCACGAGCAUGCUAAAAAUGCCGUCAACUACUUCAACAAGACCUUCAUCCGAAUGUCCAGGAUAUCUGUGACCUUAGCCAGACCGGUCGAGAUCAGACGUGAUCCUUCGGGACAAGCAGCCCCAGUCUCCCAUCGGUCUCGACGGAAUGGGGAGGAAAAGCAGCAAGAUCAAAAUAUACUUUCCAAGAAGAGGAAGCGUGAAAUAAACGACAAUGGCGAGACGGAUACACCAACCCUCGAGUCCGCACAACAGGUUGUCGUGGAGGCUGACAGCGUGGAUGCCGAAUCACAUGGUCAACCGAAAGAGCAAGAAGAUUCAUCAGGGGAUGCUGUACCGGGCGGUGGUGACGUGGAAACCAUCACGCAGGCUGUGCCUGCAUCAGAUGCGGACUGGCUUCGUGGCAAAACGAGCAGAUUGUUGGACCUGGUCGAAGAGGAUGUCGCCGAUACACGAACAGCCUUAGAUAACGCUCCUGCCGUCGAGACAUGGCCGGAGGCUGAUGAGAUUGCACAGGCUAGCGACAGCAAAUCGGAUUCGGGAGCUGACCUUCAACCGGAGAGCACUGCCACGCUGUCCAUACCAAACGCUCGGCUUUUCAUACGCAAUCUGCCAUUCGAUACAAGAGAGGAUGACCUGAGGAAAACAUUUGCCCCGUAUGGCAGAAUCUCAGAGGUCCGUGUAGUCAUAGACACUCGCACACUUACAGGAAAAGGUAUCGGAUAUGUCCAGUUCGUGGAGUCCUCGGAUGCCGAGAAGGCCCUUCUCAGUCUCGACGGCAAGGAUUUUCAGGGCCGCCUUCUUCACAUACUCCCAGCGUCCGACAAGAAAGUACAGAAACUUAGUGAGUUCGAGCUGUCCAAACUGCCGUUGAAAAAGCAGAAAGCCAUCAAACGAAAAAACGAUGCCGCAACUUCGACGUUCAGCUGGAAUUCCUUGUACAUGAAUCCAGAUGCUGUACUCGCAUCGGUAGCCAAUCGAUUGGGAGUGUCCAAAUCAGAAUUGCUUGACCCUGCCUCAGCGGACGCCGCCGUCAAGCAAGCUCAUGCAGAGACGAGUGUGAUCAAAGAAACGAAAGAUUAUCUGAAAUCCAAUGGCGUGAAUAUUGAUUCAUUCAAGAACCGGUCUCGCGAUGAUAGAACGAUCCUUUUGAAGAAUUUCUCCUUCGGGACAACUUCAGAGGAGCUGUCACAGAUGCUGAAUCAAUAUGGCGUCCUUGAACGCCUGGUCUUCCCUACGACUGGAACGAUGGCUAUAGCCCAGUAUCAAGACGCGGCUGCUGCAAGUUUGGCAUUGAAGCAGCUUGCCUACCGAAACUUGAAGGGCUCGGUCCUAUACCUUGAGAAAGCGCCAGAAGGUCUUUGGGAACAAAAGGCAGCUGUAACUGCUGAUGGCAUUGCACAUGCUGCGCAGGCACAAGGAGAUGCAACCGAACAGCCUCUUGGGAACACCUUCACAGUCUUUGUGCGCAAUCUCAACUUCUCCACUACAACUGCCAGGCUCAGCGAAGCUUUCAAGCCACUGUCAGGGUUUUUGUCUGCCCGGGUAAAGACCAGAACUGAUGCCAAAAGGCCUGGGAAAGUGCUGAGCAUGGGAUUCGGCUUUGUCGAGUUCCGCACCAAAGCCCAAGCAGAAGCUGCGGUCGUCACCAUGAACAAACGCCGACUCGACGGACAUGAGCUACUCGUGCAAUUGUCACAGAAAUCGACGGACCUUGCAGAAGAACGACGGAAAGAAGACAUUGCCAAAAAGGUCAACUCCAGGCAGACAAAAAUCAUUAUCAAGAACUUGCCGUUCGAAGCCACGAAGAAAGACAUCCGGGCACUGUUUGGUGCUUAUGGCCAGCUGCGCACCGUACGGCUGCCCAAGAAGUUCGACAACAGUGCCCGAGGCUUCGCCUUUGCCGAGUUUGUCACGGCGAAAGAGGCCGAGAAUGCUUUGGAAGCUCUUUCAAACACUCACUUACUCGGUCGCAGGCUUGUACUCGACUUUGCCGAAGGCGAAGCUGUGGAUCCUGAAGCUGAGAUUCGGGCUAUGGAGAAAAAGAUCCAGCAUCAUCAGGACACAUUAACCCACCACAGGAUGACAGGUUCGGUCCGGAAGAAAUUCAACAUUGGCGCAGGAGACGAUGUCGAGCUUGUAUGA